ACUCUCGUAAGUGUACCACAGAACAAGCUAAGUCGUCAAUUUUUUUUGAACAAAGUUCCAAACCAAAAACAAACAAACAAAAAAAAAAGGACAAGAGAGAGACUGUGUGAGUGUGUGUAGAGGCGACUUAAAUGUGUGUAAGGGUGCAACAAAUGGAAUACAAGGACAGGAAAAAGGAUAAGUCACAUCAAUGACACAAGACAAGUCUAGAAAACACCCUUUUCCUUUCAUAAUAAUCCCUUUCUCUUUCUUUCUUUCCUCCCCUACUAAAACCCUAAAAACCAUAAUUCAAACACAUCAAACUCCUAUACCAGAAGAAUAACAAAGAUCCCUCCAAAAAACCAAAUAUAAUAAUCACAACAAGUCAUAAUAACUCUAAACAAAAAAACUUUUUGCUUUCUCUCCGUUUCCUUAGCCUCUUCUCUUGGGCGUUUUUUUCUCCCUUUGCUCAACAAAGAUAAAGGCCAAAAAUAUUUCAAGUUCUCUCCUUUUUCUUGUGUCUCCCCUUAUAUAUUGUCACCAUCUUUCUAUGGUGUAAUAGUAUUACUGCCAAGAUUUUUGCUGGUCUUCAGUUGCAGCAAACAGAUUAAAGCAGAGGGGCUUAUUUCUAUUUCCUUUGGUUAAUUAAACACAGCAUCAAAAUCGUGCCAAUAUUCAUAAUAAAAACAGUACCAUUUUUUCUAGGCCUCAAGUGAAGCAAGGAGAGAAAAACAAGACAAAGAAGUCUUCGUUGUUGUCAUCGUCAUCGUCGUCAAUGUCAUCUUCGUCUUCAUUAUCGUCGAAUUCACCGUGCGCGGCGUGUAAAUUCCUACGUCGGAAAUGCCAGCCGGAAUGUGUGUUCGCCCCUUAUUUCCCGCCUGACCAACCGCAGAAAUUCGCGAACGUUCACAAGGUGUUUGGGGCUAGUAACGUGACCAAAUUGCUCAAUGAGUUACAGCCUCACCAACGUGAAGAUGCUGUAAAUUCAUUAGCAUAUGAAGCUGAUAUGAGACUACGUGACCCUGUAUAUGGAUGUGUUGGUGUAAUUUCACUUCUUCAACACCAACUUAGGCAACUACAAAUGGACCUUAGCUGUGCAAAAUCUGAGCUUUCCAAGUACCAAAACUUAGGAGGUAUUGCUAGUACUGCUACUCAUGGCCUCUUGGCAGCUGCAGCAGCUGCUGCUGCCACGACCGCCCAUCACCACCAGCAGUUCAACUUUAUGACUGGAGGAGGUGGUGGCGGCGGUGGUGGUGGUGGAAGGGACCAUCACCACCACCUUUACCACCAUCAUCAGUUCUUCCCUAGAGAUCAACCACAACAACAACAACACCAACACAUGAUUCGAGCUUUCGAAGGUCAUGGGAGCAAUAACUUUGAUGCAAGUGGCCUUCUUAUAGGUCAGUUGAGCCAGUUCCAGGCUGCUGGAGCUGAUGGCCGGCGAACGCCGGUGGAUCCAUCUUAGUUCAUUUAGGUUACAUAUGGCAAAAACAAUACUACAUUAAGCAUGAUGACUAUGAUGGCUAAUACUGGUUUAUUAGCCCAUGCACCAUAGUUAAUUAUCUACUAUAACUAUUUUUGAGAGACCAAAUAUUGCAUGAAGUUUAAUCAGCUCUGUAAUGUUAAUGAUUUUGUGAGUGUUAUUAAUCUAAUAUUUUAUAUCACUAUACUUCUUGA